AUGCUGGAGACCUACAGGAAUCUCACUGCUAUAGGCUACAAUUGGGAAGAUGACAAUAUUGAAAAACAUUUUCAAAGUUUUAGAAGACUUGAGAGGCAUGAAAGAAGUCAUAGUGGAGAGAAACCCUAUGCAUGUAAUCAAUGUGGUAAAGCCUUUUCAUGUCAUCAUAGUCUCCAAAUACAUAAAAGAAGCCAUAAUGGAGAGAAACUCUAUGAAUGUAACCAUUGUAAUAAAGGCUUUCCAUAUCCCAGUGCUCUCCAAAUACAUAAAAGGACACACAGUGGAGAGAGACCCUAUGAAUGUAACCAAUGUGGUAAAGCCUUUGCAUGUCAUAGUUCUCUUCAAAGGCAUGAAAGAAUACAUACUGGUGAGAAACCUUAUGAAUGUAGCCAAUGUGGUAAAGCCUUUACACGACAUAAUAGUCUCCGAAUACAUAAAAGAACUCAUAGUGGAGAAAAACCAUAUGGAUGUAAUCAAUGUGGUAAAGACUUUGUAAGUCAGAGUCGUCUUCUGGAACAUAAAAGAACACAUACUGGAGAGAAACCCUAUGAAUGUAAGCAAUGUGGUAAAGCCUUUGCAUGUUCCAAGAGUCUCCAAAUACAUCAAAGAGUACACACUGGAGAGAAACCCUAUGAAUGUAACCAGUGUGGUAAAGCCUUUGCAUAUCACAGUGUUCUCCAAACACAUAAAAGAACACACACUGGAGAGAAACCCUAUGAAUGUAACCAGUGUGGUAAAGCCUUUGCAUAUCACAGUGCUCUCCAAACACAUAAAAGAACACACACUGGAGAGAAACCCUAUGAAUGUAACCAAUGUGGUAAAGCUUUUACAUAUCUCAGUGGUCUCCAAAUACAUAAAAGAACACACACUGGAGAGAAACCCUAUGAAUGUAAGCAAUGUAGUAAAGCCUUUGCAUGUAGCAGUCAUUUUCAAAGGCAUAAAAGAAUUCAUACGGGAGAGAAACCCUAUUAUUGUAACCAGUGUGGUAAAGCCUUUCCAUAUUACAGUGGUCUCCGAAUACAUAAAAGAACACACACUGGAGAGAAACCCUCUAAAUAG